CGCUGAGUGUUUUACUUUGUCAUAAUACGAUGUAAUUCUGUAGAUGUGGAUGUAUCACUGAGUGGUAGGCCCGCUGGGGUCAGAUUCUGAACGAAGACUUGAGAAGUAAAGGAAGAACUGAAUGUACGAGUGUGGUGAUGAAAGGGUUAUUCCUAAACGUCCGGACCAAAGGUAAGGGACCACCCGGCACGAUGCCCGGCCUGCACCACCCCAGACACCAAGGUCCACACAGCCGCACACAGGGGCCAGGCGGCCGCCUGCUGCCUAGGACUCCAGUAGCCGGCCAACUUGUCUCUGGUGAUGAGGAAAACCCACGGCCCAUCACAGGUAAUAAAAGUCCAGCCUCUGUCAGCAUUAACCUUAGCCAGUCUACCAUUGUCUUCAGCAACACCAUGGUAUCUGACAGUAGUGAUGAAGAAAGCAGCCCAGGGUCCAACACAGGCAAUGAAAACCUAGCCUGUGAUAGGAGUGAUAACAAGUCUACUAUUGUCUUCAGUCCCAGGAUGAUAUCUGAUACUGAUGAAGAUGAUGAUGCCACUGAUGAUGAACACCCAAUGUCUAUCAAAAGUAAUGAAAGCCCAGCCUGUGAUUGGAGUGAUAGGAGUGAUAAUCAGUCUAUAAUCAGUCCCAACAUGACAUUUGGCACCAAUAAAGAUGCCAGCAAUGAUGAAACGCUAAGGUCUGCUGCAAAUAAUAAAAGCCCAGCCUGUGAUGGAAGUGAUAACCAGUCUACUAUUCUCUUCAGUCUCAGCAUGAUAUGUGGGACUGAUAAAGAUGCCAGCUCUGAUAAUGAUGCCAGUGGUAAUGAAAGCCCAAGGUCUAUCAAAAGUAACAAAACCUCAGCCUUUGAUACAAGUGAUAACCAAUCUACCAUUCUCUUCAGCAACAGUAUGAUAGUUGGCACAGAUAAUGGUGCCAGUGAUGACAAAAGGCUACAGUCCAUCACAAGUAAUGAAAGUCCAGUCUCCAUCAGCAACCAGUCCACCAGCCUCUUCAGUGACAGUCCGGUAUUUGGCAGUGAUAAUGAAACCUUAAGUUCCAUCACAAGUAAUGAAAGUCUUGCCUCCAUUAGCAACCAAUCCACCGUCCUUUUCAAUGAUACUAAUAUUGAUGACAGUUGUAUCAUGUUACCCAAGGAAUCAAACGUCAAUUACCAAAAAGCUAUGAAUGCCACAUGUGUCAUCUCCACAAAAAACAUAAAUGACCUGGAUGUGGCAAGCACUGAUGUAAGGAAGGAUGAGUCAAUGACUAAUGAUGUAAAGAAGAUGAAUGACAACACAAUUGUAGUGGGUAAAGCUCAGAAUGAGACUUUGGUAUUAGUUGAUGAGAUGAUGGAGAAUAAGUUAGUGUCUAAUGAUGUAAUGAAUGAGUUUGGUGAAACAUUUGUUGUAGGUGAAGCUCAGAAUAAGACAUUGCUCUAUACUGGUGACAUGAAGAAUGAGUCACAUUUUAAAGAUAGAAGACUCUAUACCUAUGACAUGAAGAAUGAGUCACAUUUUAAUGAUAGAAGAAAGAUGAUUGAUGAAACAUUUUUAUCAAGUAAAGGUCAGAAUAGGAAUUUGCUAUUGACUGGUGCCAUGAAAAAGGAAUUAGUGUUUAAUGAUAGAAGAAAAUUUUUUGAUGAAACAUUCUUAGUAGCUGAAGCUCAGAAUAUGACACUGAGGAAUAGUGAGGCAGCUUGUAAUGAUGAAAUGAAUGAUUUGAGUGAGACAUUUAUAGUGAGUGGAGUUCAGAACGAGACAUUUCAGAUUGCUAAAGGUGGUGAUUAUAUGAUGAGAGACAGACCGAUUGAUAGGAGAGUGAAAAAUGUUAGAGCAAAGAGAAACACAAAAGAAAAUGGAAAUAAAAACACCAGAGUGGUAAAUAAGCAUGGUAAAAAUGUAGAGGAAGAAGAGGAUGAUAAGAAAAGGGAAGAGGUGAAGCACAUGCGCUGCCUGAGGAGUUCUUGUAAUAGUCAGAAAAACACUGAAGUGGCAGGUACGUCCAUUUAUGUAAAGGAAGAUAAUGGUGAUAUUAGGGAAAUGGAAAAGGUAAAGGAAAGUGCCCAGCAUGUAGAAACAAGAGGUGCAAGGCGAAAAGAAUGGAAAGUGAGAGCAAUACAAACUAAGUCUCCCACUGAUGAUGAGGUAGAGCCACUUGUGCAAGUUUCAAGAGGAAGAAAGUGUAAAGCCAGGGCCAUAGCAGCAAUAUCAGCCAUGUUAAAAUGAUUCCUUAUUGUCACAUGAGGUAUUUGUUGUGGUUGCUCAGUGUGAAAUUUUGCUUACUUUAAUAUAUGCUGGUCUACUGAAGAAUUUGAUUUAUGUAAAAUAAGCGUGUAUUAAGUAAAAUUAUUUGAUUGAAUAUUUUUGUGUAUAUGUAGAUAAAGUUUUGAUUUUUCUUUUGUUCCCUAUGAGUAUACUAUGAUGAUUAAUAAAAAUGUUGUUCUCUUUUGUGUGAGCUUUUGUUGGUGAUAGUAUCUGCUUAGCUUGAGGUGUAGCUGUGUAAUUUGAAGUGCAGGUUAAUACUUUAUAUAUAGGUUUAAAAAAAAAGUAUAAUCUAGCACGAAUAGAAGUUUAUGUUUUGUGAGAAUAGCGUGAUGCUUUGGAGUUAAUGUUAACCAAAAAAACAGUAUGAGUCAUGUUAUCCAUACUGAAGUUUGAACAGUUAUUCCAUAUUUAUGAAGAAAAAAUAAUCACAUGAUGUAAAACUUUAUUUCCACAGAGGCCUUGCUUUUAUGUUUUGCUUCCAUCAUUGAUUAGAGUUCGUCAGAUACCCCUUCAACUGGUGUAAAUGAGAGUUGACCAUCUACACAAGAUUCACUAACUUUAAUGCUAGUUUUCAUGACUGAUGAGAUGGUUGUAUAAAUUUCACUUCCUGGCAGUAUUAUCUAGUCAUUAUGAUGCAUCAAUGCCAAAUGCUUUGAGGUGUAAUAUACUAUACUGAUUACAGUCGAGUGGAGAAUCAUGUAAAUUACUGCAAUAAAGUACAGAAUAAAUUUAUAUCGAAGUCGCAAA